AUGGAGCUGGAUGAGUACAAAGAAUUGAAAGAGCUUUAUUCAAGCCUUAUCAACUACAACUCUGAUAACGAAGACAACUGGACUAUUCUGACCAGGAUUAUCCUAGAUAAUCCAGAUUUUGUCAAAUAAUGCAGUAAGAAGCGCAAGAGAUGAACUCUUCCAUAUUACUGCUAAUAAAAAGUACAUGGAUAGAAAACAGCAGCAGGAAGAAGAGUUGAAGAUAUUGAGACAGAUCGAAGAUGAGCCUACUUUGAAGAAAUGAGCAACUAAUCGUCCUGAAAAAUUUGGCUCAAAGAGAAAUAAGAGAAAGCUCGAGCGUCUGAAGAACUUAGCAGAUGCUAAAAAAUCUAAUAUGCUAUCCUCUUGAUCACGUGUAAAUGAAGAGGAAAGUAGUAUGUUUAUAUCUCAGAAAUAAAGAGAAAUCUCUUCAUCAUAGUAGACAUAGAGGGAACACUAAAAGAUUAUUUCUUAAAAGAGAUCAGAAGUCCAAGCCAAAUAAUGAACAGAACUAUGAUCAACGCUCCAAUAGUCCCGAUCGUCUGAGGAAAGCUGUUUCACAGAAAGAGAUUCGAAACAAAGUCAAAAGAGUAUCUCAAAUAGAUACUCAAAAAGUGAAGAUAAAUACGAUCAAGAGAGGCCCUUUUCCAAGUGAAAGAUUAUACGAUGCAGAAAAAAUAAAAUCUUCACAACAAUCAGUAUCAAAAUUGCCAAGUUCAAGAGGAAGAAAUAACCAAGACGAUAGUCUUUAUAAAUACAUUGGAGCUCCUUACGACUCUUCAGGGAUCUUUAAGAAAGACAAGAGAUUGAAAAUGCCGAAUUUAUUCAAGUCUACCUCAAGGAAAUGAAGGAAAAAGUUUAAGAACUCCUUAAUGAAACAUGCAAAAUAUUUUGAAGGAAUGAAUCCAAAAAGUAGGCUGAGGUCUAGAGUUCUGAGCACGAGCCCUCAAAACAAUAGGAAUAAUACUACUGGACUGCUAUCUCCCAAGGUUAGAAAUAUUGGAUCUCAACAAGGUUCACCUACAGGACAACCUAAUAAACUAUCAGCUUAUUUAAUCAAAGUAUCAAACUUGGUUAAACUUCCCAAAGUGGAGAAUAGAACUAAGAAUAAGAGGAAGCCACAAGUCAGAGAGAAAGAAAAGUCCCAGUGAACCUCCCAGAUAAUCCAAGAAUAAAGAAGCAAGUUAUAUUAUCAGCCAUUUCA